UACAUCGAAAGCAUUGAUCGAAGCCGCUGCCAUAAACUUCAAAAGUACUUCAUGUAUCUCCUAUACGUCACUCAAUCGUCAUUCAGCGCACACACAAUGGAGCAACCCGAAGUCCAAGACAAUGAGACACUGACCAACAAAAGAUGCUUGAAGGAAAAAUUAAUUAUCAAGUGGCAAGCAG